CCUCCUUUGUCUUUUUUUUUAUCAUUCCUUCUUUUUAUACCAUGAGUCUCAACUGUGCUAUGCUCUCACAUGAUCGUCAGUCUGUGAUUCCCUUACCUCAAGAAAAAGCCUUUUUUACUCAAAGUAGUAUUAAACUCGUAUUGGAUUGCUCAGAGGAUGGCUACCCUGGGAAUUCAUCUGGAUACUGGUCAAGUCAAGGUUUAAUUUACCUUUCCAAUCAAAGAAUUGUCUUUAUUGCCCAAAAACCCAACGAUUCAUUGCAAUCUUUGAAUAUCCCGAUUCUUCAUUUGAAAAACUGGAAACUGGAACAACCAUGGUUUGGUGCCAAUUAUAUUGAAGGAAUCGUUUUACCGGUAUCAGGUGGUGGGCUCUUGAAAAAUGGAAAGUUGAGACUCACAUUCACUGAGGGUGGUGCCAUUGAAUUUACAACUAUACUUCAAGCAUUAUAUGAACGAUUAGCAGAAACGAACGAAAUGCCAUCUCAUUUUGAACCUCUACCGACAUAUCAAUCCGAAUCAUCUUCUUCAACAGCCAUGCCAGAGUAUUCUCAACAACAAUCUACAACAUCAAUGUCAUUACCAUCACAGAGAGUUGCAGAUGAAGAAGAUGAUUUGCCGCCUAGUUAUGACGCCAUUCAUCAAUCUUGAACACUAUUCCUUUGUUGCAUUAUGUAGGCCAAUAAUAUAGAAUUUAGUUAUAUAGUUGAUUUAGUUUAUAUAAUGUGUUAUUGAUUGACUCUACUAAGUGUUUGUUAAUAAAACUGAUUGUACCUAUAUUUUUUUUUAAUUAAACACUUGGAAAAUCGUUGGCAGGUGUUUUCUACUUCGUUA